AUGAAAGGAAUUAGGCCAGGUUGGGCCUGGCCCUGCCGCCUCCUGGGGGGCUUUGCCCCCACCCCAAUGGGCUAGGCCAGUCUGCAGGGCCACCGUGGCUGAGCUGGAAGCGGAGAGAGUCUCCUGGUCCGAAUCGGUCGGAACUGGGAUUCUGCAACCUUUGGAUCCUUUGCUGAGGGCCAGCAGGUCCCCCAAGGACCCCACACCCGCGCGUGCACUUUCCUGGCAGAGCCAAGGGAGCUCUGGGCACUCUUACCUCUGGGUCUGUGCCCCUUAUUUCCAGAGCCUUUUGUAGCUGCCCGUUGAAGACAGCAAGUGUUCUGCUCCCCCAACCCCACUGCCAGUCACCUUGAAGCUGGGUGGUGCCGAAAUCAAAGACAUUAAAUGAAAUAAAACGCAGGCGAGUUUUUGUCUCCGUAGGUCCCCGGAACGAAGGAACCCCUUCAGGAGUACGUGCCAAUUCUCAGCCCAUCUCCGAUGCCCUGCAGGGCGCAGAUUGGGAAGAUGGGUUGUGCGUCCCACUGGGGUCAAAAGAAGUCUGGAAUGGCUUAGGGGGCUCGGAGGUGGGGGUCGGGGAUGUCGAGAAAAGGAAUUGCGAGGAUCUUUGCUCCCCUGAGACCGGAGGUGUCUUUUCUCUUUCUCUCCCCCUCCCAGGAACUGGCAGUCUUUGAAAAACUCCCUGAGCAGGUCAAAAUCACGGAUGAAGGGCUUCGCGAAGAUGGCUUCUGUCAAGACCCCUUCUACAAAUGUGUGGUGGCUGAGCUCCCCCCAGGAUGCCAGAGCAAAGAGGGGCACACCAUCGUAGGGUACGGCCUCUAUUUUUUCAUUUACAGCACCUGGAAAGGCAGGAACAUCUACACGGAAGACCUCUAUGUGAUGCCAGAAUUUCGGGGGAAAGGAGUGGGAAGGAAGCUCCUGAGCGAGAUCGCAAAGAUCGGCUUGGAGAAAGGCUGCACGCAGAUGAGGCUCGGGGUGCUGGACUGGAACCGCCGGGCCAUCGACUUCUACCUCCGUCAAGGGGCGGCGGACCUGACGGCCACGGAGGGCUGGCACUUCUUCCGGUUUGAGGCAGAGGCGCUGCAGCAGCUGGCGCUGGGGGAGGCGGGCGCAGGAGCCGGGCUCGGGUCUUGCAGGGCGUAGGGCUCCUGGCUCGGCUGGAAGGGGAGCAGCAGGAGGGGUCUCCCCCAGCAUCCGCGCAGGCCGACGCGGGAUGUAAUAACACCGUAAUCAAAUAGUAAUAAAGGCCUAGACUUCUAA